GACUCUGGACGUCGGUCCAGCGGAGUUUUUAUUUCGCGUAUUCCGCGAUCGAAUCGCUCGGAUGAUCGAAAUGUCAAAAAUUCGGCAAAAAUCGCGGAGUGUGUGCAAUGUCAGCCACAAGUGACGCAUCUGCGCUUCUCGCAGCGCGUACUUCUUGCAAAACGAUGCCAAAAGGAUAAAUUAUGCCUCGAAAAGAGAACACCAAGGCGAAAACAUGGGAGCGAGACAGAAGAAAACGUAUGAACACAUACUUCAAAACUCUGGCAGAUCUUUUGCCACCGAAUCAGGAAGGUCGGAAACGCAACAAGGUCGACAUCCUGAUCCAGGCCUCAAAGUACAUCAAAGACCUCCAUAAUCGUACAGGAGAAUUGUUCUCGGCUCAUGCUUCAGAAGCGCACAAGGAAGAACUGGCUCGUUUAAAAAAGCUAGUGAUUCAGCUUUUCUCUCGUACUCAACUGUUAUCUACGCUUCUAAAGGAAGCUGGAAUAUCUGUGCCUGCAGAACCAGCUCUGGAAAAGAUAUCUCCUUUGAAGUGGUCUAACAAGAUCAACGUGGAAGAUGCAGAGAAGUAUUUCAGUAAAAUAGAAGAAAUAAAGAAUUCUGAAAGUAAGAGGGAAAAGUCUGCUGAACUUAAAGUGCCUUCUAAAAGGAAAUCAGUUAAUUCUUCUCACUCGUCUAGUAAAAAGUUACUGGAAAAUAGCAAUGUUUCUAAAGAUGUGAAUAACUCGAUAGAAAACCAGGAGAAUCAGGUGAAUUGUGUAAAUAGUAAAGAUGAUGGUGCAGAUGCAACAGGCAAUAUAUCAGAAAAUGGUUCAAAGGAAUCAGAAUGCUGCCAGACUAAUACAAGUUCCAAUGCAGCAGUCACUCGUUCUGUUAGCAGUAAAACAAAUAAUGCAUUGCAGAAAGUAGAAUCCCAGAAAAAAGUAAAGAGGAAAACGAAGAAAAAGGAAGAGAAGAAGUCGCCCGCGCCAUGUGUAAAUAAUUCCGUGACUAGUCUAACUCCGAACACUCUCAUUUUAUCAGGCGGUAAAUUAAUGCCUCUGGUAACUCCUAUGACGUCAAACAUCAUUGUAAAUACUCAGCAACAACCAGCGAAUCCCAUAAUUCUUGGUAAUGCUCAACAAAAUCAGAUGAUCGUUAUGCAACCAUUAACGAAUCGUGUACAAAAUCCUGUAGUUCCAAUUUGUAAUCAAACUUUAAUCAAUACGGUACAAAAAGUUACGUUGAAUACGGUGCCAAGCAUCCGUGCAAACAUGGUCGUCGAUUCCCAGAAUUGGGCGUCCAACGUGAAAAAUAUAAUUAACGCGACGAAGAUUGGUGGUCACAAAGGUAUUCUGCCAAAAGGUAAAGAGGUUACUAAAACUACGAUGACGUACAAAGUUCCUAUUCCGGCUGUCCAUAAAGAGAAGUUAGAGAAAUCGAAAGACUCGACUAAGAAAGACACUCAAGUAAAAGUAAAAGUUAAUAAAAAUGCUAAGAAUGUGAAGAGUCAGCCUACAGAAGCAACAGAAGAGAAGAGUGAUAAAGAGAAGGGUGUGAAAAGCGUGGAAAAUAAUUCUGUUCAGAAAGGAUCUCUUAAGCGAGUUUCGAAUAUGGAGACUGACUCUACGGAGGAACCUGACGAUAAGAAAAGAAAGACUAAUGAAAAUGAAGCUAACAUUCAGGUGCAAACAGUGUCCGUCUCAAAACCAGAUUUCACUGUGACUUGUAAAUCUAUUGAAAACUUGAAGCAUGUAAUAGAGAAGAUAGGUGAAGAUACAAAUGAAGGAAAAGAGAAAAGUCUGGCUCCGUCAAGUGACAGGGAACCUUGUACCGAAACUACUGACUGCCCAGUUUUAUUGUGCACCAAUAACCAAGAGGACAUCGAUUCUUCUAAAUCUACAGACGUGUUAAAACCGGACAUCCAAAAAAGAACUCAAGUAUCAAUUUCAGACACGCCACCAGUCACCUUCUCGGACGAGCAUCUGAAACCUACCAGCGAGAUACCAAUUCCUCCAGAAACGGACUUCAAUAUUCCUGUAGACAACGCGUUAGAAAAGUCAAACAUCGAAAUCAGUCACCCUAACUCUAAAUCACCUUUGACAGAAGUUGAAGAGGUUGAAGAGUCCGAAACUAAGAAGAUGAAGGAAGUAUGUAAUCUUGGCACAGAGCUUGACAACCUGCUAGAAGUGACGCCUAAAGAGGCGGACCCUGUUGAAGGAGCAAACAACUUGGAAAACAAUAAAAUCAUUCUGAAUCUUGACACGAACACCACGACAACUCUGAAGCCGGAGACUAAUGUUCAGACCUCAGAUGCGACGCCGUCAUCGUCUCUGCUUCCAGUGAACAUAGUGGAGGAUGACUCUAAGCUCAAGGCAUCAAAAGAUGAGGUAUCGAAAACGUCUCUGUCAUAUAAUACAGAGAAUUCUUUUGUACCGAUUGGUAGUAGGGCUGAUGGUCUUCACUCGGACCUCUCUAACGACAUAUUCGCCUCUCUUCAAGUACCUUCAAGUUCACAUAACCCGGAGUCCAUAUCUCCUACGGCGGCGUUUCUAAUGGCGUUCCCAUUGGUGUCUUCCUUAAAUGGCAAGACGGAGGUUCUGGAAGAGGAGAUGAAAGACGAUUUUAAAUACCACAGCCAGACUCCACCCAUGCUCCUACAGAUUGGAACCAUGGAACCCAAUAGUUUCAAAAUAAAGACGUCCUCUCAUACCAUUGCUGAGAAACGUCUGAAGGUCACCUACGAAGAGAAGAAGAAUCCUCCUGUGAGCGAAGCAGUGAACUCUGACAUGAUUGUGUCCGUAGAAUGUACAACCACAAAAGCUUUGCCUAAGUUGGUGAGCAACGAACCUCUCAGAGAACCUUACAAGGUUGUGCUGGCACCUUCGUUAGAGAAGCCUGCUACGAGUUCCUUCUCUCAGACUCUGUACUCCAUUGCGUCAAGUACCACUUCAGUCACCAGCUCGCAGACUGGACAUUGCAAUCAACUCGCAACCAGCUUACAGAACACUACCACUGAUGCUUCUCAAAUUGAAGUCUCCAAUAAAACAGAGCAGGCGUGUCCAGUUCAAGCAUCCACAUGUGACACCAACGUUAGGUACUCCAGCUCUCAAGACUUUCUGUCAACCUACUCAACGAUUGUGGACAACCUUCCAAUGCAACAGAAUCCCACAGUGUGCAGCAGUACAACCACUCAAGAAAAUUCUUCAUUGAAUCAGAAUGUUACUGACGUGUCCCAAACCAUGGCUCAUUUGACCAACACUACAACUACAGCGAACUCUGCGCCUCUGCCUAUGCAGUCCAUGCAAAUAGAUUACGCGUCCCAGAUAAAGGAGAAGAAUUCCGACAGUUCUCGUAUCGCCUAUGAGAUUCAUGGUAAGGAUCCUCUGAUAGACAACAACAUUGUGCCUAAUAAUGGACUCAGUUACAGUGGACACAUCGACAGGGUUCUUCCAAACUCUUCUCAGAACAUCCAGCAAGAGUACAUGCAGUCUAAGGACGCUUCUCUGUCUGUCUUAUCUUCGCAAGCUAUGCAAACCGUUUACGAGUCGCAGCCUAAAGACACUCAUGGUUUGUCGCAUCAGAAUCAGACGUACACAGUGCAUGAGAAGGACAUCAUUCAGAAUGAGUAUGCAGUAGAUCAGAAUAAGAAUCUGUCCCGAAAGGACUCGAUACCGUACUCGACGGGCAAUGCGACUGCGUCCAAUAGGAAUCAAAGCUACUCCACGAAGGAGCUGAUACCAAACUCGUCGGAGGCUCACUUUCAGCGUAGUUUUUCAAAAAUGACGAAGGAGACGGACUCUACGGUGACUAAUGUGGAGGAUCCGAAGAUGAACGAGUUAAGGUCGAAACCGGAGGCGCAGGAUCAUAGGCGUGAUACAAAUUAUACGUCUAAGAAGAUGGAUGUCGAUCCGUUUGCUCAGACCUUCUCGUACGGAGUGAAGGAGUCGAUCAGCACGCAGGCUGAUCAAAAUGUACUCAACCAGAACAAUGAUAAUAUGUUUCAAGGAAAGCGAGACGAUCAGAGCUAUUCUAAUUACUCCAAGGAUGCGAAGAAGAACACUAGUUCAUCAAAUAGCAUGAAUAGUAAACCUCUCAUACAGAACACGGCGGUGACACGUUACUCGCAGCAGCCGACUUCCUUUGUGGCUACCUCCAAUUACGAGCAGAGUACCGUCACUGAGAAUCACGCGAAGUCGACAACCACAGUCGCUCAUAACUCUUCCAAUUUCAGUAUCCUGUCGUGGACGACUUUCUCCCCGGUCAGUGGAGGUGGCGGUAACAAUCUGGUGCACUUUGACCAAGGGCCUAAUCAGACGGACAACACUGAAGCGAAGACAAUCUGCGAGAAUUAUAGCUACGUUCCUCUGCACAAGGAAAAUUCAAGCUUCUCAAACGUUCUGAAUAAUGAUGUUUAUUCGGCGAACUCGACUAUGGCCAACGUUGAUAAGUCCAGAAUGAAGAAUGGAAUGGACGCGCAGAAACAGUCGUACGUAGACCCCACAAAGGCAAGAAAUAUUCAAACUAAUGUCCCAUCGGGUAAGCAAAGUCGUAUGCAAAACCAAACUUCUUCGGGUAAUAACGAUUACAAUAAAUAUAGUGCAGAGAACAAAAAGUCCAAGUAUGGUAUCGAGUCGGAGUACAUUCAGAACGAGUACUCUGGAAUGGAUCAGCAGCAGCAACAUGCGCCGAAGAAUCACCAGACUAUAGCCACGAAGCACGACAAAGCUGUUUACCCGAUGUCCGGUUACGAUUCUCAGGUGAAUUUUGAGUUGCCUGAAGUCAGCAGUCAGAUGAAGUACUCUGUGGAGGCUUACAGUGGGUCUAACUUCAAGUACCCUGAUAAACAGCAGCAGAGUCAGACCAAGUACCAGCCUCUAGUUCAAGGACAGAUUCCUUCCCUUCAACAUGACAGUGUCACGUACAACAAUGGGAAGCAUGGACAGCAGCAGAGUGCCACAAAGUCUAAAGGAAACCAGCAGCAACAUGCAAUCAGGGCGCCUGUGAAUUGGAUGAUGACUCCAGAAAUUAAGCACAACACCAACAUCGCUGAUAUCAUAUUGCCACCCAUUGGCAAGGAGCUUGAAUUCUGUCAGAAUAAUCUGUUCGCACAGACACCAUCCUACAACCAGGGAACACCUAACCAGUUUUACAACAAUUAUGAUGUGACAGCUCACGGUUUUCCUAAUUUACCGGUUCUGCAGGGUGAAUCGAAGAGGACUUCAGAGGUGUUCUAUUCAGAGGAACAACCGUUUCCUUGGUCUCCCACAAAGACCAGCGUCCACGUGGAGCAGACUCAGUCAGUCAAAGGCAUAGACCAACACAUUGUUCCCUCCAGUCUUCCAACUCUGGUCGGUGACCUGGAUCUGGGUACCAACAUACCCGAGAAGCAGACGUUCCUGUUCAGCCACGGUUUGCCGGCCAGGGUUCCAUCUGACCAGAGCAAGGACCCUAAUAAGGAUAAAGAAGGAAAUGUUGCAGGGCGAGAUUUCCAUACUGUGCUGAAUAAUCAAACUGUUCAGCAUCCAGGCGCUGGGUCCUCGUUCCUGUCGGUGAGUCAGCUGGUGGAGCACGAGAAGGCCGAGAAGUCUCAUCAGCAGCAUCACCAGCAGCAGCAGCAUCAUCAUCACCACCAUCACCACCAUGCGCAUCAACAUCAGCAGCAGCAGCAGCAGCAACAACAGCAGCAACAGCAACAACAACAGCAGCAGCAGGCUAGGAAACAUCAGAGGAAGAGUAACACUAGCCCUAGAGGAAAUAGCAAGCGACAGAUAGACAUUCGGAAACAGAAUUCGGGUGACCACUUGCACCAGAGGCACGAGGAACAGAAGUCGUCGGGUCAUACGUUCUCUGAACAGGGAUACCAGCAGCAGCAGAAGUAUCAGCAGAAUAAUAUUCAUUGGAGGAGUAGAAAUUGUAAGAGCAAUUACACGGCGGAAGCGUUAAUAGGAACUAAUAACAGCGUUCAUGAUACGAACCAAGACAAACAUCCCUCUAUCAAGUUCUCCGCUAAUUAUUCCCAGAAUAAGUUCCAAAGCAGUCUGCCGACCGCAGACACUGUGAUGCCCAUCAACUAUUUCUCGAACGCGGACGACGGAAGCGGUUAUGGUCAGAUGGUGAACCAGAAUUUCAAUUCGUACAGUUAUUCCUCGAACACGAACAUUUAUCCUACUUCAAACUUCAUCACCAGCAUAUCGAACACGCCUACUAGUUACAUGAUGCCGCUGCACGAUAACACUGACUACAUGGAGGCGAACGCUUUUCUUCUGUCGAACGUAACUGUGUCUUCUACCAACUCCUCGUCGACUACCUCUACGGUAACAACUUCAACCUCCAACGUGAAUACUAAUGCUAAGAAUCAUCAGCAUUAUGGGAAGCACCAGAACUGCGACAAGAGGACGUACUCCACCAAUGUGAAGAAGGGGAAACGAAAAGGUAUCGAUGGAACCAUGCAGAAUUUGGAGUUUCCUUUGUCCGGUAUCAAUUCGCCGUUGGAGGACUAUCAUCACUCGACCACGUUCUUGCCACCGCCCCCGCCGCCACACGCUAGCCCUCUUUACCAGAAUCAUCCACAGGCAAACGUGUACACAAAAGCUGUGAACGGACUGCCGCCACCACCUGUGGCUGGUCCUCAGGGUGUACCUACGGUAGCCACAGCAGGUUUCCCCAUGAAUCCAAACAUGCCACGGGGAGGAAUCGUUGCUAGCAAUCCAAUGACUAUGAGUCAUCAUCCCUCGGGCACCAGCCUCACCAAUUUCAACUUGAGCACAAUUUUUCCUGAGAUGAAUGACAAGAUCACAGGAUACAAACCCCCGAAUGGUAUACCUCCCGGUUUACCACAGCCUUCGAAUCAGCCCACGGCGUACGCGCAGAGGUCCAAUUAUCCGGCGAACCCUCUUUGUCACUUGCCACAGGUGUCUGAAGGAAGCCAGUUUGGUAAUAGCAUUCCUCCUCCUCCUCCUCCUCCACCUCCCCCUGGAGUAAUCCACUACAAGAAUGUAUGAUAAUGUGGAAUGCAGACAUGAUGCGUGAAAACACAGCGAUGAUUCAUUUCGCAGGAUAUCUUCCGAAGUUUGUUCAAGUUUGCUGAUAAGUUGCCUAAUUUUUGUUGGAAUAUGUGCAUUCGAAAGAAGAUAAAAUCAACGGAUCCUCGUUAUCAGUGAAGUUCGGAAACGACCCACACUGCGUUCAAAACUGAAAGCCGGCUGAGAGGAACCCAACCUCUCUUUGCUAUGCGCAGAACGUAACGUGUCAUUUUUCACGUGUUUAGUGAGAAAAUCGUGUUACGUAGAAGUGAGUCGUCAA